GGAAACUCCUGCACCUAACCUAUCGGUUAUUCUAUAGCAGUCUGUUCUUCAAGACAGUGUGUCUUCUACUCCUAAACAUCGAUUUAUCGAGGUUUGCCCGGACCGGACUUGAAAUGACUAAGAUGCAAGACGCUGCUGAGGUUUUCUCGUGGCUGUCUACGGUUUUCUUUGUGUGUGUUCUGCUGCUUGUGUCAAAGGGGUUCUCUAUCACCAGAGCUCAGAUUAGCCUUCCUGGAACAGUGAAGACGAUAUGCUUUGGUUUCAUCUACUUGACCUUCUACACCAUCGUCUUCUUUGACCAACGUGUGCUCCUGGACCCCCAAGACAUCAUUGUUAGUAUGACGUCACUAUCAGCAAGCGGUUUGAUUGGCCUAAAGUUUACUGGUGCUAUCAUUUUCGUAUACGGCUGUAUCGUGACGAUCAAGAACCACCCAAGAAAGGUGCCCUUCUAUUUACCAUUCACUAUCUUCUUUAGUGUUUGGUUUGUAGCUGAACCUACCUAUCGACUUCUAUACCUGUACGUCUACCCAGUUCUGAAAAGUGAUAAAACGCCAUUACGCAAGUAUGCAAAUGCUUGA